GCACAAAUAAUUCAUAAUAAUCAAAGCGGGGUAUUUAUCCAUUGAUCCACUGUCAGCCUUGCCAUCUGUCUAUCUGUCCUGUCACUGUCCUGUCACUGUCUGUCAAAAUGACCAGCCUUGUCUUCGCCCCCGGGGCCUGGUAUCCCCCAACGGCCUUUGAUCCCAUCAUCCACAAAUUGAGGCCUCUGGGCUAUGCAUGUCAAACCAUUGCCUUUCCGUCCAUCCAACAAGCACCGAUCGUCGAGGAUCUGCAGCUCGACAUUGCGGCCGUGCGCACCGCGGUCGAGGACGCAGCAGACGCCGGCCAAGAGGUGAUGGUCAUCGCGCACAGCUGGGCUGGCCUGCCGGUGAACAGCGCAUUGGACGGACUGAGCAGGGAAGAGAGACAGAAAACAGGAAAGCCAGGAGGAGUGGUCCGGCUGCUGUUUCUGUCGGCGUUUCUCCCAGACGUUGGCCAGAGCCUGAUCGGGGCCUUUGGAGGCACUCCUCCACCGUGGUAUAUCCGCGAUGAGGCAAAUGGCACCGUCACAGCCAGCGAUCCCUUUUCCCUCUUUUUCCACGACGUCCCCGAUGGCCAGGAGUGGGCGCAGACUCUCCGUCCUCACGCGUGGGCGACCAAGAAUUCCCCUGCGACAGCUGCUGCCUAUCGGACGAUUCCAUCGGCGUAUCUUCAGUGCGAGCAUGACCGGGCAAUUCCCCUGUUUGUGCAGGAAGCGAUGGUCGAGAAUGCGCGGCAAAAAGGGGCGUUGAUGGAGAGUGAGACGAUCCCGACGGCGCAUACGCCGUGGCUGGUGAUGCCGGAUGCGGUGGUGGAUUAUAUCAGAAGACAGGCUGAGAGUGUUUGACUGAAGCUAUUAUCGAUGGAAUU